AGCAGGAGGCGGGGCAUUCACUGCUCAACGCACAUCCGGCCACUGUGCACACGCCACGUCCGGUGGGAUGAGAAGAUUAUCUGAGGGUGUAAGACCGACUUUACGAUGCCAGUCACUGUGGGACCGUAUGGGCAGUCACAGCCCAGCUGCUUUGACAGGGUUAAAAUGGGCUUCAUGAUGGGCUGUGCAGUUGGCAUGGCAGCUGGUGCACUUUUUGGCAGUUUCUCAUGCCUCAGGUUGGGGCUGAGAGGCCGAGAGCUGCUGGGUGGUGUCGGGAAGACCAUGAUGCAGAGCGGAGGCACCUUUGGAACCUUCAUGGCAAUUGGAAUGGGAAUCAGAUGUUAACAAAAUUGUUUUUCUUCCUUUCUGCUGAAAUUUCAAAUAUUGCAGAUAAUGUAUCAACUGGCUCUGCCCCCUGAUUACAAGCUGUAUAAUAAUGGAAAUUAAAGUGUAUGAUUUACUGUUGCUUCAA